AUGCCCGCCCUGGCCAUGCACGUCCUCACCCACAACCUCAAGCACAAGUGUGACGUGUGUGGCAAAGCCUUCAGCCGGCCCUGGCUGCUGCAGGGCCACAUGCGCUCUCACACCGGGGAGAAGCCCUUCGGCUGCUCCCACUGCGGGAAAGCCUUCGCCGACCGCUCCAACCUGCGCGCCCACAUGCAGACCCACUCUGCCUUCAAGCACUACAAGUGCAAGCAGUGCGAGAAGACCUUCGCCCUCAAGUCGUACCUCAACAAGCACUACGAGUCCGCCUGCUUCAAGGGCUCCGAACACAGCUGUGCAAUAGGGAACUAA